AGAUUUAUCCGAUUGCUUAGUUCACCCUUUCAGUCAUUUUUAAAUGUCGGGCAUGCGUUAACAUGUUGGACUGACUGGGACUUCGGUCGACUUUUACGGGUAGAAAACUUCUGAGCCUCAGGAUGGACGUACCUGUGCUUAUUUUGCUCAUCCACCUGACCUAUACGGAGAUUAGAGCGCUGCUGUACAGCAGGCCGGAAGUAGAGGGUAGAUGCCCCCUUGGCUAUUUUCCAUGUGGGAACAUGAGUGACUGCCUGCCACAGAGUUUGCAGUGUAACGGACACAAAGACUGUCCCAAUGAAGCCGACGAGCUGUACUGUGGGGACAACAUCGGAUGGGCGGACAUAAUAAGUGGAAGACUACAAGAUACCAGUCGUGUGUUCCUGAAUGAGUGUUUCUUGCAGGAAUAUCCAGAGAGUUGUGACUGCAUACAAACAGAUGUCAGGUGUGUGCAGGUCAACCUGCAAGAUGUUCCUCUUCUCUCUCCUAAUGUUACCUUGCUGUCACUGAAGAGCAAUAAGAUCCGAGAGUUAUCUGAUUUAGUUUUCUCCGAAUACUCUUCUCUAGAGAAACUGUAUCUGCAAAACAACAGUCUGCAGUUCAUAUCCAAACAUGCCUUCAGCGGCCUGCAGAGUUUAAAGAAGUUGUUUCUCAGUGAAAACUUGAUAUCCUCCCUGAGUCCUGGCGUGUUCAGGGAUCUCAAUCAGUUAGAGUGGCUGAUUUUGGAUGAUAACCCGCUGAGCAUCUUGUCCCAGGACAGUUUCAUCGGGCUCCAGUCUCUCGUGUACCUAUCAAUGGUGGGCACCGCGCUGCAGCAUAUUCCACACCCGAGCUUCUGUCAACACAUGCCUGCCUUGGACUGGCUGGAUCUUGAGGGAAACCAGAUCCAAACUCUCAACUACUCAAUCUUGAAGACCUGCAGCAAACUUGAAGUUCUAUUACUGAUGGACAAUAGGAUCAGAAGGGUUCCUGAAAACACUUUCCAGUCUCUGUGGAAACUGGCUGAACUGAGUCUGUCCAGCAACAGGAUCAGGGAGUUGCCGAAAAACACCUUUAAGAGCCUCUCCAAGUCCCUUCUGAAACUAAAUAUCUCCCACAAUCCCCUUCUCCACAUUCAUCCCAGCCACUUCAACCACCUGACACAUCUUCAAUCCCUGGCACUGGAGGGAAUAGAGAUCCCAGGCAUUCAGACGAGGAUGUUUCUGCCUAUGAAGAACCUCUCCCACAUCUACUUUAAAACAUUCCAGUACUGCUCCUAUGCACCUCAUGUUAGGUCCUGUAAGCCCAACACAGAUGGUAUCUCUUCCUUCGAGGACCUGCUGGCUAACGUAGUGCUGCGGGUGUCUGUCUGGGUAAUGGCCUUCAUUACCUGCUUCGGUAAUCUCUUUGUCAUCGGCAUGAGGUCACUGAUACGAGCAGAGAACAACCUGCAUGCCGCCUGCAUCAAAGUCCUCUGCUGUGCAGACUGCCUCAUGGGUGUGUACCUGUUUUUCGUUGGAGUGUUUGAUGUGAAAUUCCGGGGUCAGUACAACCGUAACGCCCUGCUCUGGAUGGAGAGCGUGGAGUGUCGGACCAUUGGAUUCCUGGCCAUGCUCUCCUCGGAGGUGUCUGUUCUCCUCCUAACCUACCUGACUCUGGAGAAGUUCCUGGUCAUUGUCUUCCCCUUCAGUAAUCUGCGCCCAGGCAAAAUUCAGACUGUGGUGGUCCUGGCCUCUAUCUGGCUGCUGGGGUUCAUUAUUGCUGCUGUGCCUCUCAUGAAUGAGGAUGUGUUUGGAAACUACUAUGGACGUAAUGGGGUUUGCUUCCCCCUGCACUCUGACAGGCAAGAAAAACCUACUGCCAAAGGAUAUUCAACAGGGAUUUUUCUGGGUCUAAACCUGGUAGCAUUCCUGGUGAUCGCCUUCUCCUACUCCAGCAUGUUCUACUCCAUCUAUAAAACGGGCAUCAAUGCCACAGACUUGAGGAGCAGACUUCACAGAGACGUGGCGGUGGCCAACAGAUUUUUCUUCAUAGUGUUCUCUGAUGCCCUCUGCUGGAUCCCCAUAUUUUUGGUGAAAGUCCUUUCACUAUUGGAGGUGGAGAUACCUGGCACCAUCUCCAGCUGGGUAGUCAUCUUCAUCCUUCCCAUCAACAGCGCUUUGAACCCCAUCCUGUACACCCUGACCACCAGCUUCUUCAGAGAGCAGGUGGAAGUCUUACUCUGUCGUUGGCAGAGAAGACACACCUUAAAAAAAGACCGCAAAAGCCUAACCUCCUCCACAAUCUUCGUGGAGACGUCACGCCCUCCUUGCUACCAGCCACCAUCCUACCUACAGCGGGUGUCCCUGACCGGUGCAGAUCCCCGCUACGCCUGAGGGAGGCAGGAACUUUCAUUGCACUCUGAAAACUACUGGUUGAGGGCCUGUUGCUGGUUAUCUUUAGGCUCCUACAUGAGUGUAGCACUGAUUUAAUGAGACUGGCUGCAACUGGAACACGAUUAACAACCAAUGAGCUGUCUCAUUAUGGUCUGACAUUCUCCACAUUUGUAAAAAUGACAACAAUUAGACACUUUCGUCAAAAGGGUUCAGCAUGUUGCUCAAAGUCACUUCCACAUGUGGGAACGUGGAGCCAGAGAUCAAACCAAGCAACCUUACGAUUUGUGGAUGUACCACCCUCUGUACCACUGCAGCUGCAGUCGCCCCCAUGCUUGCCUGCUUAUGUGGCCAUACAUUUGAUAUUGCUCCAAGUAAGGGUACACUACAGUGACGAUAAGAAUAAUAAACAAGAAGGAUGAAAGAAUAAAUACCAGCAUAUAAUGUAUCGCUGCCACCCUGAGGACAAUCACAAUAGACUAAAAAUGUCUUAAGUCAAGUAAGAAAAGUGGUUAUAGUACUUUUAUAGAAUACGUAUGUCAGAUUUUACUUUAGUGACUCCUUGUGAGAGCUGGGAGAUAUAUCUCUCUCAUCUCACACAUUCUGUUCUCUCUCAAGUGACUUACAGAUGAAGCCAACUGAGUCUCAGAUGUGAUGCUUAUCAGACGCUGAACUGAGAAAUUGGUAAAAGCAUAAAUGGUUUCAAUGUCAACAAACACAUUAGUCUUGGAUUGCAUAAAUUUAAACAUGGUUUAUGGCAAUACAAUGCUGGCAUUAUAAGAAUAAAAUUGCAAUUAAGAAUAUUGGUUUUAAUGUAAUGUCCACAAAUACUAAUAUCUGUUUGAAAUUCAAAUGUAAAUGCAAAGUCAAUUUUACAAAUCAUCAUCUAUGAAACAAUUGAUGUGUGAUCAUGCAAAAUUCCACAAAUGAUAUUUAAUUAAUUAAACAAAUCUGAAAAUAAAAUGUUCAAUGAUCAUUUUUGACACAAAUUAUGAUAUAUCUAAUAAUAGUCAGAUCUUAAUUUCAAUAAUUUGACCUUUAAUAAAAGAAAAAUACAACGUAGCAUGGAGUUUAGCAAUUGAAUUGAAUUAUGUGAAAAUGUAAUUGUGAGUUUUAUAGAAUUAACGCAGGAUUAUAAUUACAUACUAUUGUACAAGGCACUUACAAAUAUGAGAGAAACCAGUAAAUGGGAGAAAAAGAGACUUAAGCCAUCGACAAUCACUGAAUGUUGUGCAUCAGUUAUGUGUAGCAGCUAUCUUCCUGUUCCCUACUGAUUGUAAACUGAUGCCUGUUUUUGCCAUUUUUAUUUUGUUCUGAUGUAAAUGGAUGUAAUCUGAAUGUUUUCCUUGUUUGUUAUUAAAUGCUACUAAUUUUGUACGCUCCAUCUGCAUGUACAGUACGUGCGCUGAGCAGAACUAUGACCAGAAUAUGCUGCAGUAUCUUGAUGCCAUUAAAUCAUACUUUUAGUGUUCAGACCUCCGGAUUGCGUGACUGACUGCGGACUGAAUUAAAACGUCUGGUUAAAGCAUGCCACAUCACAUUUAAUUCACCAAUCCAUACAGGAGGACAUUGUUUAAGUCAGAUUUGUUGUCGCUUUGCUUGUGAGACGCCACCUGGACUUUGGUUCAUGUCUCUAUUUAUACUUUUUUAUACUGAUAGGCUAUGAUAUGCCUUUCGUUUUUUGCUGCCUUUUAACAGUUGCUUUGACAAUAAUCAACAACCAGAUAAUGGUGAAAGAGGCACUAGAAGAGGAAUGUUCUGCUGAUUUCUGUAGUGGUAUGCCAAGCAGGAGAAACCCCUCUCAUGAAAUAAAGAUUAUGCUGUGCAAGUGUGCAUAUGCUUAUUUUUGUUUUAUAACAUUUGGUACAGGAGACUUCUCAAUGUAUGUUCUGUAUGUUAUUGUGUUUCAAGUCAGGCUGGUGAAUUUUUUUGCUCUUUGACUGAAAUAAUAAAAUAAUAAAAACAGCAUUUGACCCUUUUAUGUGAUC